UUUUAUCACCAAUCCAUGAAAUCAACUGGUUUGCCUUUAAAACCCGCCGUCUUAACAAAACCCAAAUGUCUUAUUUGCUGGGCGCUCUGUAACUGGUACUCAGCGGGCUUCAUCAAGUCCCCCAUGUCUCGGAUGAAGCUGAUUGGUGACAGCGCAGAGCUGCACUGUGAGGUGAUAGGGAACCCCGUCCCCGAGGUGCAGUGGUGGUUCAUCGAGGGCGAAGAGCCCAACGAGACCUUCACGCAGCUCUUCGACGGGGCGCGGGACGACCGCGUGAAAAUAAACGCCACGUACGCGGCGCACGCCACAAGCUCCGUGCGCUUCACUGGCCUCGCCCUCAACGACUCCGGCACGUACGAGUGCCGCGCUUCCAAUGACCCCGACCGCAACGAACUGAAGAAGGCGCCAAAAAUCAAGUGGAUCCGCUCGCAGGCAAACGUUAUUGUGAUUGAAAGCCCGAAUAUCGUUGCUCAACCUCCUGGGGUCAACAACCAGACCUCAGCCGUCCUCAGCUGCAACUUGACUGACUCCAGCCUGGCCGUCGAGGGCUCCCACUGGACCCACAACGGCAAAGUCAUCGAAGACUCAAAGUCCACCGCUGACGCUCAUUACACCGUCCACCGUUUGGAUAAGAUCACCUACAGCAGCGCGGGCCUGUAUGAAUGUGUGUUCCUGACCGAGCCACAGGUCAAGCAGACAAUUGAAGUCAAAACUCUUCCCCACGUUGCUGCUUACAAGCACUCUGAGCACGGCAACGAGCAGGACAAAGGGGUGAUGGUCUGUGUGGGCCACGGCUACCCACUACCCACCGACUGGACCUGGUUCAAAGUAGAGGAUGACAUCCACGUGCCUAUCGUCAACGGAACUAGUGACAAAUAUGAGAUCAAGAGCACCCCCAACAAGACCACUCUGACCAUUAAUGCCCUGAGCAUUGAAAAUGACAUCGGCCAGUACGCCUGCUCCGGAACAAACUCAUUGGGCACCAGCAGCGACGUGAUCCAACUGCGCGUCCGCAGCCGCCUGGCCGCUCUGUGGCCCUUCCUCGGCAUCGUGGCAGAGGUCAUCAUCCUGGUGACCAUCAUCUUCAUCUACGAGAAGAGGAGAAAGCCCGAUGAGAUCACUGACGAUGACGACUCAGGAGCCGCUCCUCUGAAGAGCAAUUCCAGUGAAAACCACAAAGAAAAGACUGUGAGGCAAAGGAAUUCCAACUAAAAAAUGGAGGAGAUGGACAUCCAGCUGAUGUGUGGCACAUACUACUGUGCACCCUGCCAUUUUAAAGUACCUUUUGUGCUUGGAUGAAAUUAUUGUAUUUGUAUUCUUUUUUUUCUUUUUCUCCACAUUGUGCAGCCACAGAACGUAGUGUGAAGUAUUUGUGCUUGAGGCCUCGGGCAAAUAUUGCAUGAGUUAAAAUGGCGUAAUAGAAAGUGUUGUUUUUAGGUGUCCACUUGAGGAACGCCUCUUUGUGGUGAUGCGUCCCACACGGACCUCAGUCAGUCUUUGCUUUUGUGUUCUCCAAUCACAACUUGUUCCUCGUGACGCAGUAGAAGUUUUGUUCAGAGGAGCUGAAACUUUGUCCAUCGUCAUUCCUCACUGCGAUCACCAUAGCAACGGCUGGAGUGUGCUUGAAUUCCCACCUUUCACCUUCUGCUACAGCAUGACUAAUUCUCCCUUUUGCCUGAAUUCUAACGAGCACCAUUUAUUGUUAUUCUGACGCUUCAAAUGGAAAUAUUUAAUAUCGGGAAAGUUUUGCUGUGAAAAUUGGUAAAUUUUAUUAGAAAGGCAUUUUUGCUUAAGUGAAGCUUUUUAACUUUUUCCAUAUCACAUUAAAUCAAAGUUUUAGUCACUAAUGUUUUUGUCACAUCUACAAUACAGAUCUAUUUAGGACCAAGAGCUGUCUGUUACUUCUGUUAAAUAAAAUUGAAAUACUACUCAAUGUUUCUAUUUAAUGCGAUGUGCUUCUCUAACCAACGGAUUGUCGUAGAUUCAGGAGCCAAAUGUUCCCUUUAACCCGCUUGAUGUUGUGAUUGGAUGUUCCAAAAAGACCUAGCCAGAUUUGUGUACAUCGUUGUACUAUCUAAGUACAUGGAACACAAUCUGUUGUACAACAAACUGAAUAAAGGAAUUUGACUUUACAAGUUUGA